AUGGCAGCGGUGUUCACUGGAACGAGUGUUUGGAAUUCCAUUGUAGUUUUUGUCAUCAUUUUAUCCUUAUCAGCAGGAGUAAAAAUUCAGUAUCAUUCUAUCAAGACCUUAGACUCGAGGCCAUCCGAUUUCUUCGACGCUGACGUAACAGAUCACGUGACUGAUUUGGCCCAAUAUGGUAUGGACAAAACAGCUACUGCGUUGGUCUUUGAGGUUAAAGCAUGCGUACAAGCUAAAGUAUUCAUGACAAAUUCUGAGUUCAUGGCUGCAUCGAGCCUAAGAUGUGAAUGGUUGUCUUUUGGAGUUGGUCUCCUGACAGAUAUUCCACAAUAUUAUGUAGCUGGAUGGAACUACUAUACCAAGUGUUUAAGAGGUGCUGAAGUGUGUGUUGGGUGUGUAAGAGUUCGAUAUCAAAUCAGAACUGUGGAUUCCAAACCUUUAGGUUUCUUUGAUUUUAACGUCAUAACUGAUUAUGUUACGGACCUUGCAAAGUAUGGACGCAACAAUAGUGAAACAUUGGUCUUCGAAGUAAAAGUAUGUUUACAAGCUAAGCUAUUCAUGUCCAAUUCGGAAAUCAUGUCUGAUUCAACUUUAAGGUACGAAGUUCUAAUUGGGGGAUGGGGAAAUGCAAUUACAGCAAUCCGACGAUCGGAUGGUAUUGAAACCAAUGACGUUAGCGAGAAGUUUAAUACCGCAGGACUUUUAGACUGCAAUCAAUACCGACUAUUGUGGGCAAGCUGGGAUGACGGAACCAUAAAGUUAGGUACAGGGGGAAUAAUUGGUGACAAUUUGCAAUGCAGUUGGACCGACCCGAACCCCUUUGAAGUUAGAUCUGCAGGAAUCUACUCCAGAAAUAAUGAUGGAGAGUGGAUAAUUGAGAUCGAUGUUGCAGAUGAAUCAACUGGAUUUUUCAGUAACUGCAAUAGGAAUGACAAGAAAGCAAGCUUGAUAAAUCUUGAUGUAGUCUUCGCAGAGAAAGUCCAAUGUAUCGCUAUUUGUGCGAAGAUGACAGAUUGCGUAGGAAUAAAUUACAGCUCUCAAAUGUCAAGAUGUGAAUUGUUGUCGUUUUACCCUGGUCUUGUUACUGCAAUCCCCCAGUCUUUAUCACCUGGAUGGACCUACUACACUAAAUGUUUCAGACAGAAGGAAGUAUGCAUUGGGUGUUUCUUCUGA